AUGGAUUUCCUGAAUUUUGAUGAUCCUACAGGCCCAGCCCACCAAAAGAGUUCCGGAAAUGAAAUGCAGAACUCCGAUGGAUUCACACUUGGUGUGGGAGAUGGAAACUUGCUAAAUGAGGGAGAAAACUCAGGAAUGAUGCACCAAGAUACAUUUCCACUUAUCGAUGAAAGUGCUUUGAAUCUUGAUUUUGGCUCAAAUAAGAAUAGCCAGUCAACCGGUUCGAGUUCGGUACAGCAGACCCCACAACAGCAACAGCAGCACCAGCAGGCAUCCCAGAGUGUGGCACCGCAGAUGCAGGGUCAAGGCCAGAAUAUCAUGGGUGGGAAUUUGUCACAGAACCUGCAGAAUACAGGAAAUAUGGCCUUAUCAUCCCAGAGUGGCAUAUCGUUGCCUAUUUCAGACGAUGGCAACUUCCAGACCCAACAGGGCACGCAGCUGCAUUCAGGCCAGCCAAACCAACCAAGCAUGCGAAACGAAACUGCCAGAAAGGCUCUCAUGGCAAAGUUUAUGUCGUUGACACCUGAACAGCGGCGUCGUUUUAUUGAACGGCAAAGGCAGUAUCGCCAGAUGGUGAUGCAGCAGAGGGCGGCACAGCAGCAGGCGGGGGGGUCAAAGCAGGAGGCUCCCGGAAAUGUCCACGGGGCCAAUAUGCAACAGAUGAAUUUAUCGCAGAUAAAUCAGCAGCAGAGGCAGCAGAUGUUUCUUCAGCUGCAGCAGCAGCAGCAGCAGCAACAACAACAACAACAACAACAACAACAACAACAACAACAACAACAACAACAACAGCAACAACAGCAGCAGCAUUUGCAGCAACAACAACUCCAGCAGCAGCAUUUACAACAGCAACAGCAGCAGCAUAUGCAACAGCAAAGAAGAAAGAGCAGUGGCACAAGUGUUUCGUCUGCCCACAUAUCGCGUGCCGGGUCUCCGCCCCAGUUUGCACCCGGCCAAAAUGUGUCCACGCCGAACUCUGUUGGUUCACCACAGGGCCUGGGCGGGGGACAUUCGAGGUCCCAGUCACAGCCGCCGAACUCGCAGCACCAGUUUGGCCCACAGAACGUGCAGAAGUUCCUGGUGAUCCUUAGCGAGUUCAUGGCUAAGCGCGGCACGCCUCUACCGCAGAAAAUCCCCGUGAUCGGUGGCCGGCAGCUGAACUUGUUUUUGAUGUAUUUCAUGGUUUCGAAGCUAGGCGGGUUUGUGCACGUUCUGAAGACGGGGAAGAUCCAGUUUAUCGCCGGGAAGUUGGGAAUCGACCCGAAGAAUAGGCAGCUUCUGUCCGAGUUCGUCCAGUUGUACCACAAGACGCUUUUCCCCUUCGAGCAGUUUGCCAGCACACCCGAUGGAAUGAGGCAGCUCGCGGUCAGGCGGCAGCAGCUGCAGAACCAGGCCGGAGUGUCCAGCAUCAGCAUGCCAAACACAUCCAGCAACACUCCGAGAAGCAGCAUCAGCACGCCUAAACCAAGCUCGAAAGCUCGCACAAGUGUGGGCUCGGAGGACCAGGGCCGGACUCCCCACCGUUCGCGCAAACGGAGCCAGGAUUCUGGCCGGCAGGCAGACGGUAAGGCGGCCAAAAAGCCAAAAGCGUCCCGUGCAGGCACCCCACACGGUCUUCACGGCCGUCAUCGUGCCCCGGAUUUUGUCAGGAACUAUGUCCCGCACAACAGACUCCUCGAUAAGGUUGCAGGGUUCAACUUGGAGGCGCUGGAGUCGUACGGCAGCCAAGUCGACCACUUGAAGCCCGUGUUCUUGUACUUCCCAGAGUUGGGCAAGGUGAGCAUCCACGCACUAACUAUGGCGUUGGGGUCCAAGCUGGACGCCGAGAUUAACGUCGCGUUGAACGUGUUGCUCAUAGUCACUUCGGACCCAUCCUUUGGACUACCCUUGGACGACUGCAAGGAGUUGCUUGACAACCUCUGCUACUUGGGCCAGGACAUCGUGGAUAGUCUCUGCAAGGGGGAUAUCCGCAGGAGGCUGAACGACUCGCUGGAGGAGGUUGAUGAGGGACGGACGGAGGCCGAUGGUGAGAAGCAGGGGUCGGUGAUCGAGAAGACGUUUGCCAAGUACAAGGAGAUGUUUGAAAACUCCAUUGGCAAUUCCACCACUAGGGAAAUAACCGUCGACUCCUUCACGGGAGAGGAGUUGAAGUCCGAGUUCAAGGACGCAAAUGGUGACAUUAUCGACGUGCACCAUCAACCAGGCUGUGACAAUGAAGCUUGUGCAACUGGGGUAUCCGCAUCCGCCGAUGAAGGUCAUAAGGAUAAUGCUAAUGAUGUGGAGGAUGGCGAAAAAAGCGACACGAGCAGUGCCGCCAGUGAUAUUGACACUGAGGAUAAUAAGGAGAGCACCGGGGAGCAUCCGAAUCCCGCAGAUGGCUGCCAAGAUCAUUUCGAGCGCGUAAACUUUGCACUACCAUCGUAUGUCGACUUGCUACAUGAAUGCAGAAAUGAGGCCGAAGACUUCGAAAGAGGCGUGCACAUCAAAUCGUACCAGAACCGCCAGCUAAUGCUGAUCGAAGAGCUCAGUACGCUCUCGAUGAUUCUACGCAACAUGUCGUUUAUAAACGGCGGGCGUGUCUGCUACAACAAUCUAUACAUGGCCACAUGCAGCCACUUCCUUGACUAUCUUUUUACCAUGAUCGAGUCUAUCGGCACCCAUCCGGAUGCUUUUCUUCUGUCCAGGAAGCGGUUGUGCCUCAUGAAAGACAUCCUCAUAAUCUUUGCAAACAUCUCGCAUGCAUUGGAGAUCAGAAAUGAACACGAGUUCGUUCUACUGAUGGUACUUUGCUUUUCGUUCUGUGGGCAGUUGACCGAGUCUGAUAAGGCUGAUAACUUUUUGACCGCCAAGCUUGAUCCCAUCAUUGAUAAAUACCAGCUACACUCUGUUGAUGUGCUGUCAAAGAUCCUCUGCGGAUCUGCUAACAACCGCCUCGUUUUGAAGAAUGUGAUUGGCGGUGACAUUCAGGACCCCGCUUUGGUUCAGUAUCUCGAGAAGCUUUCCGGAACACAGAAUCUUUGCGAUGGCUCUCUCGCCAAAAAACUGUUUUCCUCCAUGUUUUCGGUUAUACCGCUCAAUCUUCUUCAUAGAGGUAUCGAGCCAUUCAAUACGAGGUUGGCCAGCUGCCUCGAGGCUUUACUUGGCUGUAUCUCGCUCAUCCAUGCAGUGCAGGAGUGUGAAUUUACUACAAACGUUGCGCUGGACAUCCUCUGCUCUCCAGAGGAUAUCGGUAACGGCACAGUUCAUCUCUCCUUUAUUUACGCGGCAAUUUACGUCAACACAAACUUUGAGACCAAGAUUCAGCACGCGUACAUCUCAUGUAAGUGCUCUGAGCUUGUUAACUUGCUGAUGCGUACUGCCAUUGACUACUGCAAAGAUAAAGAUACGUUGCAAGUGGACAUGGGAAGGCUGUCGCAUCUACAGGGACUUUUUGCAAACGACAAUAAUCUUAUUGGUGUUUUAAUCACCCCUAAUAUACCGUCAGAAAUUGCAGCCCAGGUUGUUGAGUCUACCAAGCUUAUGGCGGAGUUAAAGAAGUUGUGUAAGGAUUCUCGUUCGGCCAAACAAAAGCUGAUUACCAGUGAGUAA